UAAGGUCGUUGCUUCAGCGCUUCCUUCUAAACUAUUUUCACCUUACGCUCAUUAGCCUAUGCUUUUUAGAAUUUUCUCAAUUUAUAUAAUUGUGCAAUACAUUUGAUUAUGGAUAAUUCAAUGAAACUUUUACAAGUUCAAGUAUUCUUUCGUCAUGGUGCAAGAACACCUUUAUUUCAUGUUAAAUCAUCUAUUUUCCCUGAAGCUAUAUGGUCUCCAGAACUAUCUACAGAUUUACCACAUACAUUAUUUCCUUAUCGUUUAAUUGAUAUAUCUACCCAGAAACAAACUCAAUUAUCAUCUGAUUAUUUAGAUAAAUUAUUUGUAUUACCUGGUGGUAAUAAAGUUGGUGAAUUAACUAAAACUGGUCAACAAGAUGCAUAUAAUUUAGGUAUACGUUUAAAAAAACAAUAUAAAGACAAUUAUAAUUUUAUUUCAUAUCAAUUUCAACCAUCUCAAUUUCAUUUAAGAACUACUUUCAUUGCUAGAACUAUUAAAUCAUUACGUUGUGUUAUGGCUGGUUUAUAUGGUGAUAAUAUAUCAUUAACUGAACCUGUUAAUUUUCAAUGUGAUCAAUUAAAUAAUGAAAUACUUUUCCCAAAUCCACAUACAUGUCAAUUACUUACACAAUUAUUCAAUGAUGGUAUUAUUGAAUGUAAUGAAUCAAAAACAUUUCAAGAAAUGAAACAAAAAUUAAAAAAUAUUUUAGGUGUUAAUAAACUAUUGGAUUGUGUUGAACAACGAUCUACAGAUUAUGAUUGUCCAAUUUAUUUUGUAAGAGAUGAUUAUUUAGCUCGUAAGUAUGCCGGUUUCCCUAUACCAGCUGAAUUGGAAAAAUUAUUACCAGAAAUGCAUAAAUUAUGCUCAGAAGAAUUAUUGCAUGAAUUUCUAGGCAAACAAAAAGAUUGGAAGAAAAAUGUUCAUAUUGUAUUAAGUGACCUAUUUUCACUUAUAUUAGAGAAUAUGAUAAAUUAUCAAAAAGUACCACAAUUUCAUUUAUAUUCAUGUCAUGAUUCAUCAAUUAUGUUAUUAUUAUUUGGUUUAAAUGUAUUCGAUGGUUGUUGGCCACCAUUUGCUGCUGAUAUUAUAUUUGAAUUAUAUACAACAGUAUCAACAUCAUCACCGUCACCAUUAUCACCGUCGGCGCCAUCAUCAUCAUCAUCAUCAUCAUCAACCAAUUUAUCCAUUAUAAAAUCUAAUACAUUACAUUCAGAUAAUAUUUCAUUAACAAAUAAUAAUCUAAAUGAUUUAUGGUUUCGUUUAAUUUAUCUUGGUAAACCAUUAUCAUUAAAAACAUUAUGGGAUUUAUCAUAUUCUAAUCAUGAACAUGAUCUCGAUCAUCAUCAAUUAUCUGAUUAUACAAUGAUACCAUUCAAAGUAUUAUAUGAAUAUAUUAAUAAAGCUAAAAACUUAUAAUGAAUCUUAAUUAGAAUACAAUAAUAAGUAUGUAUAACUAUUUGUUUAUUGUUUUGUUUUUGUUCGUUUGUUUGUCUGUUUGUUUGUUUACUUGUUUUCUUUCUGUUGAUUUUUUUGUAUUGAUUUAUUGAUGAAGAAGAAGAAGAAGAGAAAAGGACGAAACUAUGUAGAAAUUAAUAAUGGAAUGAUUUUUUUCUCUCUUUUUUCGUUGUUUCUAGUUUUUGUUUUAUUAUCCAUAUGAGAUUUAUUUCCCUAGCAACAAUAUGAUGAUGAUGAUUAUCAUUUGUAUGGAUUUAUAUAUUCGUUUGCUCUUAAUUGAUUUCCUUGUUUGAAUGUAUCAUUUUUAUGUCCUUGAAUAUUUACCAUCAUAUUUGAGUGUAUUAUUCCUGUUUCGAUUACACACACACACACUCUCCCUCUCCCUCUAUUUGUCCCUAACUAACUAACUAACUAACUAACUCCCUCCUUCCCUCCCGUUCAUGAUUAUACUUGUUCGAUUCCUAUCCUAAAUGAAUAACACAUGAAUCCACUAUUAAUGAAUUAAUUGUUUGUUUUUUCUUUUAAAAUUUAGAAAAUGUAUUUAAGUAGUAUAAUAAGAUUGAUUUUUGUUUCUUUUUUAUCACCCUUAUUUUUUUCUUUCUUUCUUUCCUUCAUUGAUAUUCAUUCAUUCUAUGAUAUGAAAUCAAGUGUUAUAUAUUGUCUAGAAUGAUUUAAUGAAGUCAUUAAAUUCAUAUGUCAGGUUAUUGUAAUCACUUUACUACUCAAUUCUAAUACUAACAAGAUGAUUUCAUUGGAUUAUUUAAAAGAAGUAUGAAAGUUUCUAUAGAUGAAUCUAUAGAAGGAUCAUUAUUCAUGAUCUAUGAAUCGUAACUUCAUACUGAAUUAGAGAUAUAUGUUAGCUUCAUGAUAUUUACCUUAUGUUUCAAUAGUUAUUCAUUUGAAUGAUUAGAUUUUGUAUUUUCUAGAGAGAGAAACAAGGGGGAAAGAUUUAUUUAUAUAAAUUACAAGUAUUAUAUUUCUUUAUAA